AUGGCCUUCAACUCGAACCGUCGCUUUUCUUCCUCCAUCUCGCCCGCAUCCAAGGCCUCGAAGCGCGUGAUGGCCGAGCGCAAUGAUAACCGGCGUUCUUUCGACUCCCAAGCCAGCUCUUCUACCCUUGGGGCGAUGCCAGUCGUUGAGGUCGAGAGCUACCUGACCGCUCCGGCUGCCCGGUGGUCUACGGCGAAUCGCAUCUAA